AUGCAAACAUAUCCGUACUCGUUGAGCGCUCUCCCUGGAACGCUCGCGUCCAAAUGGGACAGCCCAUCGUUUGCGCCGUACCGCGACGCCUUCCCGGCCGAGUACCGCGCGUCACCCGAUGCGCUGACCGCUCACGUCCAGGACCUCGUCGCCCGUGACGUCAAGGCCUCGUACCUCAAGGGUCUCCAGGGCCUCCUGUGGAAGGACGGCUAUGAGUCCGGCGCUAUCAAGGCGCCCCUGUUUGCUGAUGUCCUGCCGGCACUGACCGCGUGGCACGCCGCCGGCGUUACACUCAUGAUCUACUCAUCCGGCUCCGUGCCAGCCCAGAAGCUGCUCUUCCAGCACACGGGCGUCGUUGGUGGGGCGACCGAUGCGAGCACCCACGGCAAGGACAUCACGCCAUUGUUAAGCGACUACUUUGACACGGUCAACGCCGGCCCCAAGACGGCCGCAGCGAGCUACUCCGCGAUCCUGGCGGCGCACGCCAAGGAGUUUCCCAACGCCAGCAACUGGCUGUUCCUGAGCGACAAUGUACUAGAGGUGGCCGCGGCCAAAGAGGCCGGCCUGCAGAGCUACGUUGUGCAGCGGCCAGGCAACGCGCCGCUGGCGGCAUCCGUGGCCGACGAGCACAAAGUGAUUACAACGUUUACUGGCCUGGAACGGUAA